AUGACUAUCCUGGCACCGGCUCCACCCGCAGCUAACGGCGCAAGUUCAUUCUACAUCUCGAACGACCACUACUUCUAUCCCGGCUUCCUGUUCGGCAUCCCUCGCAAGCUCGAGGACCUUCUUGGCCCAUUUCGUUGGGAGACCGGCAUUGUCUAUUGUGAUGCUUCAGACGCCAAAAUCCAGUGCAAGGAGGUAUCGCCGAAUGGUCACCACCCACACGCCAACGGUAUCUUGUUGGCAGAUGAUGGAAAGACUCUGAUGGUCAAUGACGUUAUCGACGGGAGUACUACAAUCUACGACAUAGACUCCUCCAGCAAACUGUUGACAGUGAGGAAGAAGGUGAAAUUGGGUGCUGCUGCAGACAACCUGUCUUUCAUCCCCGGAACCGGCGACAUUGCUGUUUGUGUCUUCCCGCAUAUCGGGCACCUGAUUCACAAGCUCAGCGGAGAGAACGUUCUCAACUCCUCGGUCACUGCCUCCGCUGCCGUGCUCCGCCUCGUCAAGAGCAAAGAAUACGAGCCGGAAGUGCUGUUCUGGGACGAUGGCUCUCAGAUCUCUGGCUUGACCGGGGCAGCAGUCGACCCGAAACGCAAGAAGCUCAUCGCAGGUGGGGUCUACGAGCAGCAUUUUGUUGUGUGCGAUUUGGGGAACGAGCAGUUUUAG